GUCCGGAACCGGCGGGAGUCUGGGACUGGGCUAGGGGAGGACGGACCUGUGCCGGGUCCGGCACCUCGCCAGGCCUCUGCCCUGCCGGGAGCCUGUGGACACUAUCAUUCUCUCCUCACGUGACAGGGAACUCAGUGACGUCGCCGUUUGGAGGCUUGGGGGUGCGUUCUGGGCUUUGGAAGUAAAGGAAGCGGAACGCAGUAGGAAUGGGAGCCCCAAGGCGGACAGCCGCCCUGAGGAGCCACACGAAUCCGCUGCUACCUUCCUGCACACCCACUCACGGCCGACUCCUGGCAGAGGGUUCUGGCGACCCCUGCACUCCCCGCUCUGGUAGUGUGAGCGUCUGGCAUCCUGAGCGCCCCAGCCAGCCUAGCCAUCCUGAUUUCUGUAUCAAAGGAUGUGGCAAGACCCAAGCAUGUGGGGCACCUUGCGUCAGAGGAAGUGGCUUUCUUGUUGCAGCAAAAAUUCCAGCACCCAUAUCAGUCUUCUACAUAGAAGUUAAUUUGGAGAAUUCUCCAUUAUAUAAUCAGCUCUCUCUGUAUAUAGACCUCAUUUAUUUCAAGAGUGAAUUGGUUGUGGUUCAAGCUGUCUUCUAGCACAGUUUCUGUCUCCAACUCCUGAGCAUCAAUCUCUGCUUCUCCACUGCUCAUUCUAUUAGCAUACAAACAUGCCCUCGUACAGUUCUGUCUAAUAGGGAUAUAAGUGAAUGAAUCAGCAUACAGCUGGCCCUGGCGGUAUUCCUUGUGGUGGUGGAUCGCUCACAUGGUUCCAGCUGGUAAAUGUCCUCCAGAAGCUUUCUUCUUCAUCCUAGCGUGUUGCGACAGUACCUGUAAUAGACUGAAUCAUGUCUCCCAAAAUUCAUAUAUUGAAACCCUAAGCCCCAACGUGACUCUGUUUGGAGAUACGGCCUGUAAGGAGAGGAAAGACCACGUGAGGAUACAGUGAGAAGGUGCCUGCCAAAAGCCAGGAAGAGAGAUUUCACUAGAAACUGAAUUGUCCAGCACCUUGAUCUUGGACUUCUUGCCUCUGGAACGAUGGGCAUCCAAAGAGAAAUGUGUGCCCUUGAAUGCCUCAGUAACUUCUGGAAGAGAAAACACACAGUGUGUUUCCAAGAACAUGGAGAAGGAAGAGUUGGAAAGUGUGAUGAAAUGAUGGGUGGUUGGCUUCCACAUGGUUACAAACUCUUCCUGUGAAUAGGACCAGACUGCAAUAUGUGAUUGUUUUCAACAGGCUGGGAAUGUGGUGCCUCAGAAUUCCUUAAGCCUUUAGUCUUAUUCAGGGAUGUGAUAACAGGAGCUUGAGCAGCCAUUUUGGACCAAAAAGUGGAAGCCACAUGCUGAGGAUGGCAAAAUGAACCCAAAUGCCUUACUUGAUAAAGCCACCAUACCAGCUCUGGACUGCCUACCUCUGGAUUUCUUUUUCUACGAGAGAGAAGUUGAAUAUUACAUUCCAAGGAAAGUUUGCACAGGAACUUUGAAAUUCAAUGUUGAAUGCAUAUCCCAGAAGGAGUGGCAGUCUCUUGAAAAUCUUGGCUCUUUGCAACACACUGGAAAGAAAGUAGAGAUGACAGAGAAAGAAAUUGCUCUUAAGGAGCUUACAUUCCAGUAAUGCAUGCACAGAAUGAAAUAAGUUCCAUAACAGAAGUAUGCACAAUGGAUGUGUCUUGAGAAUACAGAAUAGGAAGUUGGCUAUCAUCAAAUGGAGGGCAUUGAAGGCUGAGAAAAUAAUCAUUUUAUAUGUGAGUGUGUUUGUCUUAAAGUUGAUGAUGAAACCUGAAACAGAAGUGAAGUUGCCUAAGACUGACCAUUCCAAGAGGCAAUUAAUGAGAUACUGUUCUCAGACCCAGUGAUGAUGCUUCUAGAGAACCAUUUGGAGAGUUUUUCACAUGUUCCAUGCAAGGACUGGCAUCUGAUUCACAACUACAAAAUUUAAAGGGUCCGGUGCGGGAAGCCGAAGAACGCUAUGUUGAGGAAGGAGAUCCGGGCCUUCUGGGCUGCAUGAACCAGGAGGCUACGGCAAGCACGAGGGCGGUGAUGGCGGCCAGGAGCCCAUGGAGCAGCCAUCUGAGGAGCCAGGCCAUGUGGAGGCUGCUGCCGAGGCCCCACACCAUGGAAACCGGCUUCUCAUCUAUUUUAAUUACACGGGCCUCUCACUGCUGUGGCCUCUCCCAUUGCAGAUCACAGGCUCCGGACGCGCAGGCUCAGCGGCCAUGGCUCACAGGCCCCGCCGCUCCGCGGCAUGUGGGAUCUUCCCAGACCGGGGCAUGAACCGUGUCCCCUGCAUCGGCAGGCGGACUCUCAACCACUGUGCCACCAGGGAAGCCCUUAAAUACCUUUUGGAACUCUUCUCAGAUUGUGAAGAUGGAAGGGGUCCAACCCCUGGAUGAGCAUGUUGGAAACGCACCAGGACGGAGAUUCUUGAGGAACAAGCUAUUGCUGGUGUCCUCCGUAAUUCAGGGGCUGGGGCUGCUCCUGUGUCUCACCUACAUCUGUCUGCACUUCUCUGCUCAGGAGGGAAGUCUGCCGCCAUGUCCUGCCGGCCGCUGUGGGAAGUCGCUCCAGGACCUUGCUUCAAACGUUUCAUUCUACUGGGAAUUUCUUGAGCACCUCCUCUUUGAUGUCUUCCUUGAAUUUGGAAAGCUCUCAUUCCUGCAAAGAAUGAGUUUGAGCCACGUGGAGAUUAUGCCUUUAGGCCAUUCAAGUCCUCAAGGAGCACAGAGACCAUCCUGGAAGAAAUGGCUACUCUACUCAACAAUAGUUAUUUUGCUAUUACUUUGCUCCUUCAGUACACUAAUCUUUACUUUUCUUCCACUCAAGACUGCCAGUGGGCCCUGUAUAGCGAAGUUUGGACCAUUACCUUCAAAAUGGCAAAUGCCCUCUCCUGAGCCUUCUUGUGUGACUAAGACAGCUGAUUGGAGGCUGAAAAUACUUCAGAAUGGUUUGUAUUUAAUUUACGGCCAAGUGGCUCCCAAUACAGCCUACAAGGGGCGAGCUCCUUUUGAGGCGCUGCUACGUAAGAAUGAAGACCCCAUACAAGCUCUAACGAACAACUCUACAAUCCAGAACGUAGGAGGGGCUUAUGAAUUCCAUGCUGGAGAUGUAAUAGACUUGAUAUUCAACGCUGAACAUCAGGUUCUAAAAAAUAACACAUACUGGGGGAUCUAUUUGCUAGCAAAUCCCCAGUUCAUCUCCUAGAGACUCGAUUUGGUCUCCUCUGUCCUCUUCAGCACAUGCAGAGAUGCCAGUGGGUAGGAUGGAGGAGGAAGAGUCUCAAUGCCUACAGUUCAUCUGGGCAUACAGAUCAACACAAACAGAACUCCUCUGCAUGUGGAUUUUCAUUUCUCAUGCCUGUCUGAAUAAGACUCAGAGGGAGGACCAAAGACAUUUGGUACCCUUGACGUUAGGUCAGCAAAGGCACUUUACUAGUUCAUGAUAAAAUGAAUACGGGUGGCUAGAGGACAGAAUCUUCUCAAAGUGUCUUUGUCUAAUCCUUGACUCCCUGGGUGGAAAAAAAUGAACUCUUAUUCCCAUGGGAGCCUUACCUGGUAUGAAAAAAGAUCUAGGGCAGUAGCCUGGCCUUGUUCUCAUACUCUUGGGCCACGGAUUUCUUGACUUCAUUCUUCCCAUAUUCCCAUCUUCUGAGACCCUCCUAAUAAAAAGUAGUCAGACUUGGAGGGUGGCCACAGAUAGGCCAGCAAUACACCACUUUAGAUUUGAUGGCAUUAGAGGAUAGAGAACACUCUUGAGAACUGUUGGGACAGAGGCAAAGGUGGCAUUGGAAUGGAACGCACUUUAUUCGGGAACUUUCCUUGAUUUUAUCAUACUCAGGACGCAGGGUGCUUUAUAAAACUAGCUGGUCAAAAGGGUCAUUCUGAACCUUCACAUAGGGCUUCAAGAGAACUUGUGUAUGUGUCUAAACAUUGUCCGUAGUAAAGAAAGAGUAAUCAUUACUAAUCAUAAGAUUUACCCCAGAAAUUGAUAUUACCAUUACUGUAUUUUGUCAUGUAAUGAUUUCAUAUUUUUAGCUAGCUCUGCACAGUUUGCAAAGUGCUUUCAUAUAUCACAUGACAAUUCUAUGAAGUUAAUGGAGCAGGUAUUUUUGGCACAGUUUUAACAAUGAGAAUUUGGAGGCAAAUGGAACAUAGGUAACUUGUUUCAACCCACAGAACUAGUGAUAAACAAGGGGCCCUGGGCUUCCCACUGUAUCACACUGUUCUAGCUCUAGGGUUGGUAUUUCUGCUAUCAUAUUAGAAGUCUAUAAAGUUUAGGAGAUUUGAUUUUUCAGGCGGUCUAUUCCCUUUUAGCCCAAGCAUAGUUAGAGAGAAGCUACACCAAUUCUUUCCUUUCUCAGCAAACUUUUCCUUUCCUUGCCUGGAGCAGGGAGCACAGCGUGUUCAGGACUGAUUUCAACCAAAUCCCCUUCCUCACUUGGAAGAGCCUGUCUUGGUCAAAUGUGUUAACUUUCAAAAAGAAUGAAUAGCACUCAAUUCAAUGACAGUCUGCUAAAGUUUUGGACUCUGCAAAAUUAACUAGCUGCUUAUGGGUUCUUGUCGAAAGGUAUGUAAUGUGAUUACGUGAUAACCCAAGUUAAAAUAUUUAUGGAUAUUUGUAAAAGGCUACACUGUUAAUUAAUAGUAUCACCGUAUAAAGCUAAGUUAAAAAUAUUUGUAUUGUGAGCAAGAAAAACUGCCUGGGAGCAGACUAAGCCUGAGGCCACGGUGCUUCUUAGUAAUUUUUUUUUAAAAGAUGUCUGCUGAGUAGCUUAGGGCCAAAGGCUUGGAUGCCUGAUUCCUCUGGCAUAUGUAUAUUUUCUCAGGAGAUUAAAGUUAUAUGACUUAUAUUUAUGGAAACUUGGUGAUAUUGAUUGUUGUUGAGUUAUAAGCAGUAGUGUGCUGGGGUGGACCAGUACUAGUUCAUAAGAAGUGAUUGUUAAAUUUUCACAAAUUGCACAAUCUGGUUGUUAAAUACAGUCAUCCUUGAAAUUGGCCAUGGUGGGACUAUUUAUACCAUGGGAACUGGCAAAUGCUACAAAUCAGGGCUUUUCUUUUUGGAAAACCCAUUCACCAGUACACCACUGCUUGUAAAACUCUCCUUCUUAAUAACUCCUCUUGGCUUCUGCGUCAUUCCUGGGACAAUCAGGGCAGACAAGGGAGAAAGUGAAAUUGUCAUACUCCUAGCAAAAGCCCCACACAUCAGUGAUUUCUCAGGGUAAGCAGAGGUCUCUGCAGUUGCAACCAGAAAGACAGCUACCGACAGAUGACCUUUAAAUUUCCCUAGUGUUGU